UAGGCGUUUAAGGUCAUCAAUAUUUAGCGGUGACAACUGUGUAAAUGGGUUUACUAACGAUUUUAAAAAAGCUCAAGCAGAAGGAAAAGGAAAUGAGAAUACUUCUUCUUGGGCUGGAUAAUGCUGGCAAGACGACAAUCGUGAAGAAAUUCAACGGUGAAGACAUCAAUAGUAUCUCUCCAACUCUUGGAUUUCGUAUUGAAACAUUGGAGCAUAUGGGAUUCAAGUUGAACAUUUGGGAUGUAGGCGGUCAGAAGUCGCUUCGUUCCUAUUGGAGAAAUUAUUUUGAAACGACUGACGCAUUGAUAUGGGUCAUUGAUAGCUCAGAUUGUCUACGUCUGGAAGAUUGUCAACAGGAGUUGGCUAAACUGUUGGUGGAAGAACGUUUGACUGGGGCUACCCUGCUUGUCUUUGCCAAUAAACAAGAUUUAGCUGCAUCGAUGAAACCAGCUCAGAUACGUGAAAUUUUACGUUUGGAUGAAAUUACCACCCAUCAUUGGUUAAUACUUGGUUGUAGUGCUGUGACAGGAGAGAAUUUACUCGAAGGGAUGAAUUGGCUAGUGAAAGAUGUCUCGUCAAGAAUAUUUUCAUCGGAUUGAAGAUAUUUUGACGAUAUGACGUAAUAAUAUCACCAUCAUCAACAUCUUUUAUGAAUAAUACUCUGCUAUUUCUCAAAGUUGUAAAGAAUAUUCUUUUCAACCUGAACAAGAUCAGUAAUUGUAGGUUGUAUAUAUACACUGAGUUGUUGUACAGUAAAUGCUCAUGUAUAUUUGUGUUUGUUUGUGUGUGUGUGUGCAUGUGUGCGUAUUUGAGUCUGUGUGACUGACUCUAUGUACAUAUAAUUAGAAAUAAAAUCAAUAUUAUUACAACUAUUAUUUGAA